GCGGACGAGUUUUUCUUUCGUGAUGGUCGUUCAGCCGCCUUCUUCCCGAUCUAUUCCAACUUUCACCUCGUUUACAAAGAGGAGGCAGCAUGUGCAGUCACCAUGCGCGCGGCGCUACUUGGUGCUGAUUCUGAAGACACAGAAGCCGCAAAUGAACAAACCGAACAGCUUCCAGUCACCGUGAUGGACAAGUUUUGCGCUGUUGAUGAUUUCGGUGAUCAUGCCAAACGUCAUCAUACGGACAGCUAG